AUGUCUUUUUUUCUGGUCGUUACUGUAUGGUAUCGUGCUCCUGAAAUAUUACUGGGAAGUCAUAAAGANNNNCCUAACGAUAAUCGAUACUGA